AUCUUCAACACUCUUUCUGCCAACUCUAGUCUUCGUCUCUCCGUUUUCAACUCGAUUGUGGACUUGGCUGUGGCGAGUGAUGAUAUGGACUUGGUUCUUCCCCAGCUUCAGUAUGUCUCCUCCUGGGUGUCUGAGUGGGGUGUUAAUAUCCAAGCUGAGCGUGAUUUGCUCUUGACUCUUUCUGAUCGCUUGAAGAAGACUGGUAACCCUUACCAAUCCAACGAGUUUCUUCUCAAGUAUUUAAACACAUUCAACUCUCAGACUGCAGAGCUGGACUCUCAAAAGGACCACGCCAAGCGCGCAAUCGUUGAGUCUAUUGCCUUACCUGAGGUUCUCAACUUUGAGAAUCUUCUCAAAGUCGAUGCUAUUCAACACAUUAAAUCCGAGAAAGCCUAUGAGCUCCUCUCUGUUUUUAUGAAUGGUAAUGUUCAAGAUUAUCGUGCUCUCACUGCCAAGUACAGUGGCCUUGUACAAGAACUUGAACUGAAUGAAGAAGAAGCUCUUCGAAAGAUUCGCCUUUUGUCGUUGGCAUCUUUGGGAUCUGAGAAUUUGUCCCGCGAGUUGAGCUACCAUGAGAUUGCCAAGGCUUUGGAAGUGGAUGAAGCCGAGGUAGAGUUGUGGGUGAUUGAUGUAAUCCGUGCUGGGCUGGUAGAGGCCAAGCUGAACCAGGUCUCCAGAGUGGUUGUGAUCAGCCGAUCGAUUUACAGGACUUUUGGACAGCCCCAGUGGCAGCAAUUGAGUCAGCGCUUGAAUGGGUGGAAGCAAUCGCUUCAGGAGAUCUUGCAAGUUAUAGCCAACGCCAAAUUGACUAGUGCUGCCGUUAGUACUGCUGUGAUUACCAACUAA